AACUCAGAUUUAAAGCCUCAUUUAAUAUUUAAGUUAACAGAUCCUGAAUGUUUAUAGUAAUCAUCAAUUCACGAUAUGCUUUAACAAAAAUGAAGUUUAUCUCCAAAGUUAUCUUAUUUGAGAUAAUUGUUAGUACACAAUCAGUCUUAUACAUCCAAGAAAAUUGUUCAAGAAAGGGAUAUCAGUGCUGCUAUAACCAGUAUCUAAACGAUAGGACUAAAGAAUGUACUGAAUGUCCAGCUGGAUCUAUUGGAUGGAACUGUGAGCUGAGCUGUCCAUCAGGAUAUUACGGACGCUUGUGUCAAUCUCAAUGCAAGUGUCCAGUUUCCAACUGCCAUAAUGCUACAGGAUGUACAGGAAAAGAGCAUGGCAAUAUAAAGAUGUCUUCCUUACAACUGCCAAAUGAGUUUACAACAAGAUCUAGAGAGAAAGGCCAGGACAUCAUAACACCAAAAGAGCCAAAUGGAGGUACAACACCAGAAUCCAUAGAUAUGACAGACUCAAUACAACGUAAUUUCAAUAAAAGAAAAACUCAAUUUUCAGUAACAUAAUACACUUAAUUAUUGACUGGGUUCAAGGGUAGUGUGUGUUUUAUAUUGCCCAAUAUCCAAACUGUUACUGUCAAUUAUUGCUCGAGAACACGGUCAACGAGUGCUUUUAAAUACCUUUUAAUUUUGAUAUGUCAUGCAUGGAAACGCCUGCUUCCAUUACGAUUUUUGACAAGAUAUAGCUGACUCCGCCUACAACGUCACGUUAAAUACGUCAUAUCUGUCCGAUAUCUCAUUUGUGAGUGUGAUAUCUCACUCAACGGUCCAUUGGUAAUCUUUUUAAUUGCUCAAAAACGAAAAAAAUUA